CGAAAUUCGGGUGGGAAUUAACGUAAAAACAGCGUGCAGUCAUGUGGUGAAACGGAUGCUGCGUCAAAAACAGCGAGAGGAAACGCUGCGGCGCCGGUCCGGAGGGGUUUAUUAGGCCCAAACGACGCGAUUAUUAAUAUUACUGACUAUAUUUGUGAUGAGUUUGUGUUCGCAGCUGUGUAUCUUGAUCCGGCGAGCCGGAAGGCGGUGAGAUGUUUUUUUUCGGGCUGUAACUCGCUCCACCCACCCAGUGCUGUGGUCAGCUGACUGAGGCACUUUUGCUUUCUGACUCCAAAGAAAAGAAACAAAGAAGCCGAUGGGGCGGAGGGUCCAGAGAGGGAUCUGAAGGAGCUCAACAUGAGGGUCUGCUUUAACCAUGGAGCAGCGGGGGAGAGGACCCAGUGCUGAGGGGGACCCAGAGGACCGAGCAGCGGUUUAGUGUGGAGGUUUUAAAGGUGGUAAAGUGAGGAGGACUGUACUGGUCAGUCAUGUCCGAGUCCGAGUCAGCCCUGCCGCUCUGUAAGCGCCUGAGCUAUGCGGUGGGACACUUUCUGAACGACCUGUGCGCCUCUAUGUGGUUCACCUACCUGCUGGUGUUCUACCACUCGGUGCUGGGCUUUCAGAACUCCUAUGCAGGUGUGCUGCUGUUGGUGGGGCAGAUAGCUGAUGGAGUCUGCACGCCUCUGAUUGGAUACGAGUCUGAUAGGACUGCUGGAUGUGGGACGUAUGGAAAGAGGAAAACCUGGCAUCUGAUAGGAACUGUCAGCGUCCUGCUGUCCUUCCCCUUCAUCUUUAACCAGUGUUUUGGCUGUGACCCAAGCACUCCACAGUGGGUCGGUCUCAUCUACUUCGUCCCCUUCAUCAUCAUCUUCCAGUUCGGCUGGGCCGCCACCCAGAUCUCCCACCUGUCCCUCAUUCCUGAGCUGGUGUCGUCUGAGCACGAUAAGGUGGAGCUCACAGCGUACAGGUAUGCUUUCACAGUGGUAGCCAACAUCACAGUGUACGCAGUGGCCUGGAUUCUCUUCCAUUUCCAGUCCGGAGAGGAUCCCUCCGCCACGGAUAAUCUCGGCCCCAUUGACAUCCCCGUUUUCAGAAAUCUGAGUCUGAUCGUGUUGGCCAUCGGAGCGCUCUUCUCCCUGCUCUUCCACCUCGGGACGCGGGAGACCAAAGACGAGCAGAGUGAGGACGAGGACUACGGCUCCAGUGAAGGAGAGCAGCAGCCUCUUCUCAGCCGAAACGCUCCCUCCACCCUUCUGCAGUGGCAGCACUGGCUCAGAGAGCCGUCCUUCUACCAGGUCGCUGUCCUUUACAUGUGCACCAGACUCAUCGUGAAUCUGUCACAGACGUACAUAUCCAUGUACCUCAUUAACACACUCCUACUGCCAAAGAAGUACAUCGCUACUAUACCGCUGGUGAUGUACGUCAGUGGCUUUGUUUCCUCAUUCAUCAUGAAACCCUUCAGCAAACUAAUAGGGAAAUGUAUGACCUAUUUCAUGGGUCUGGUGCUGAUCCUGGUGUUCUCCUACUGGGUUCUUCUGGACACUCAUAUGGGCGACGGUGUGUAUGGAGCAGCAGUGCUACUGGGGGCGGGGUCAGCCACUAUCUUGGUCAUGUCACUCGCCAUGACAGCAGAUCUGAUAGGAGAUCAGACACAAAGCGGGGCGUUUGUGUACGGAGCUAUGAGUUUCACUGACAAAGUAGCCAACGGACUUGGGGUCAUAAUCAUUCAGGGCCUGCAUCCAUGCCAUACUCAGGCCUGCUGUCCUGCGUGCGUGUGGUAUUAUCACUAUGUGAUGGUGAUUGUAACUGGUGGAGUGGCUGUUGUAGCAGCACUCUGCCUUUGCACUAUUCUCAUCUGGCCUAUCAAGAUCAUCCGCCUGUCUGUGGAGAGACAGGUAAACGGGUCUGUUAGUAAUCACACUGAUGGCCUGGCUGUGAUGAACGGCCUGAUGUCGUCAGACGAAGAGGAUUCAGAAAACAGCAGUGAUUCGGGGGUCAUCAACUGAACUCUGAGGAGGGUCCACUGCAAGGGGGGCGUAAGAAGUUUGCACAUGCUGAACGAGAUACAUCAUUUCCUGCAAUACAAACUGCAGGCGUUUAAGUCUUUGAAGAGAAAUUAACAUAUCCAAGCUCCGCCCACAAAUGGGUAACAACUGUUGCUAGGUUGGACAAGCUUUACACAGUUUAUUAUAGAGCUUUAUAGACUUUUAUUAUGGAGCUUUAUAAAGCUAUUCAUUCAGCCUAAUGAGAAACUGUAGAACAGACUCAGUUUAUAUCACAAUAUCUACAUUUAGAGUCAGUUAUUCAUUCAGACUAAUGAGAAACUGUAGAACAGACUCAGUUUAUAUCACAAUACCUACAUUUAGAGUCGAUUAUUCAUUCAGCCUAAUGAGAAACUAUAGAACAGACUCAGUUUAUAUCACAAUACCUACAUUUAGAGUCAGUUAACACAACUCCGUGUUUGUAAAAUACCUAAAUGUAGAGUGUUAUUAAUUUCAAAUUAUGUUUAUUUUGUAUGCAUGUAAAGGUCACAUCAAACAAAACUCACCACUUUUGUCAGAUUUUUGCCAAUUUUCUGUAAAACUGUCCAACUUGGCAACAGUUGCUAUGAAAGAAUGCGUUUGUGGGCGGAGCAUAGGUUGAUCAGUUGAGCCUCUGGUAGGCGAAGGUUACUGAUCAUAUCAGCGCACAUUCAUAGUUGUUCAUCUCUUUUCAUGUUUGUAAAUACAAUGGCUGCCCAGGUGGGCAUUUCACAAAGCAGGAUUUCUUAGUUAGCCAGAUAACUUAAGCCUGGAUAGUAACUUAUCUGGCUAAAUUGAGAAAUCCUGCUUUGUAAAAAUCCUCCCACUUUUCAUCUCUGCUGAGUUUUAUCUCAGUUAUUGUAGACUCAGCCUUUUGUACAGUGACUUUGUUGUUUAUAAGGCAUUUUUGUUGUUAAUGAAUAAUACAGGUUUGAAUUACAGAGGGACCAGUGUCCCUGGCAUUUUUCAUGUUUGUGUAUUCAUAAAGGAAUGGUUUAUCUGAUUUACCCAGUUUUCCACUUAACCCAGAUGUAAACAUGCUAGCGUCCAAAUUUGACAUCUUUAGUUCAUCAUCGGAGCAAUCAGGCUAACAUUGCUAACACUAGAAGUCAAUAGUCACCCAAACCUUUUCUGUAAAUACAUCCCCAUAAUUUCUCUCAGCCCGCUCAAACUGGUCUUCAUUAAGGUCACACAGACUCUUCAGUGUGGUUUAAGGCACAAUAUGACUUGCUGUGAAGUCUAUAAAUAAACAAAACCUCAUCGUGUAGCUGAUCGCUGCAUUUUUGACCACAGGUGUUGUGCCAAAUUUACCCUUCCGCCUAUCGUGCAGGCAUAUGAAUGCCAUGUUCAGGAUUUCUGUUCUUUCUAUUUCUAAACGUAUAACUUGAGUUUGAAAAUUCAGCAUUAACAGUUAUUUUUAAAAAGAAAGAACAGAAAUCACAACCAAAAUCUGUAUGACUUCUGUGUGCGCGAAGACUCAGCAAUACACCCGUUGUCUGAAGUGGCUGCCUGCUGUGUUCAACUACACGGUGAAGUUUUGUAAGUCAUACUGUGUCGUAAACCACACCUACAAGUCUGCACCACCUUAAUAAAGACCUGGUUGUGUUUUGAGAGAAUUUUGUGGAUGGUAUUUACAGAAAAGAUUUUGGUGACUAUUGACUUGUAGUGUUUGUUAGCAACACUAGCACAUUAGCUCCAGCACUAAAUUUAAGAAGCAAAAUUUGGACACCAAACAUUUCUUGGCUGAUCAGCUACAUCUAGGGUAAGAGGAAAGCAGUGUAAAUUCAGUUUUUGGCUGAACUGUUCCUUUAAGUGCUUUAAAUGCAGUUUACCAGCAUCUGAAUUUGACUGACAGUCACUAGAUUCUACAUUAGAUACACUAUUUUAUCCUACAUUGUUCUCUGCAGUUCUGUAAGUGUGAACAGAUCCAUUUAGCAGACAUUCAGUGACGACAGAGUAAAACUCUUCAGUUAUAAAGGGAUCAGAUACUCACUGAGGGAGCAGCUGUUAUACACUGUUAUCUUUUUUUUAAGGUGUUCAGAUUCAAAUGUUUAUGGAGGAAUGUGCAUAUUUGUUUAAUGCUUUAACCGUUUUCGUUCGUCAUAAGGGAUUAUUCUUUAUUCCAUGUUUUUUAUUCUUUAUUUCAUGGGGAACACCGCUUGAUUAAAGGGGGAUAUUAUAGAUUUUCCCGAAUUUCUGCAUAAUUAAAUGUUUAAGAUGUAAACAGAGUGGUUUGAUGUGAAAUUCUCUGUUCUACAGAAACUUACUGAGUCAGAAUUGUUCACAGUGGUGGUGAUAGGAACCAGACGUCCACCUCUAAAAGCUCCCUCACAGAAAGUUACUACAUGAAAUGGUUGUGGAUUCACUGCCUGAAGACUGACUUAUGAUAAAGUUCUGAGCAGAUUUUGAACUAAAACAUAGUUUUUGGAGGAUGGGUAGAUUCAGGGUGUCAGAUUUUCCACUAUUUUCCCAUCAUCAGCAUUCCAUAUAAAACAUAGCAUUCCACUCAGAAGACUCGUGUAGGUUCACUGGUGGUUUUGGAUAGUAAAUAAAAUGUCUAUAUCUGUGUUGUAGUCAUGGUGACCCCUGGUUCCUAUCACCACCACUGUAAAGACAUCUGAGUCUCUACAAUCAACAAUUUCACACCAAACCACUCUGAAUGACUCUGGUUACAUUCCAAAGAUGAAAUUAUGUCGAAAUUUUGAAAAAUAGGUGGAAUUCCCCUAUACAUGGAGAUGGACACAACUUGAUUGAGAUAAAGGGAGUCUGACCUUUUGUUUUCAGGGAAAAAUAAAUGAUGUCAUAGGUCUGAUGAGGGACAUGGAGCCUGUGUUCAUUCCACUGUGUGUAUGAUUCGCUACUAUGAGAUUAUGAGAAGUACUGAGACCACUUGUGAGAGAUUUUAAGAGCUCUUUAAGCUGUUAGGGAAAUCAGCACCGAGAAGCUAAGGAAGUUUUAAAUGUCCAAUUUCAUGUUUAAAUGUAUGAUUUUUAAUGAUUAUAUUAAAGUCCAGUAAAUGAAAAUA